CUGUUUCCAGUUGAAAAUGUCUAUAACCAUGAUUCAUCAUCCAGAAACAUUUUCAACUCCAAAAUUCUCAAUAACACAAAAAAUCAUGCAUCUUAUACAACCACAAUAGAUACACUAGUUUCCCGAUAAGUAUACCAUAUCCCCAAAAAAUUACAAGAAAUAUUAUUCAGAAACAAGAAGAUAUAAAUAAGGAAACAAGAUGCCCAUUCAGAAGGUUAAAGCUCGCCAAAUUUUUGACUCCAGAGGUGAUCCAACUUUAGAAGUGGACAUAAUCACAGACGUUGGUCUGUUGAGGGCAUGUGUACCAGCGGUUGUAUCGCCCAGCGCUAAUCAGGCUCAGGAAUUAAGGGAUGGAAACGAAGCCAUGUAUCAUGGGAAAUCCGUGUUCAGAGCCGUUGACGUAGUUAACAAUAUCAUUGCACCGCAACUUUUGAAAUCUAGGCUGGAGGCCUGCCAGCAAACGGAGAUAGACAGUUUGCUAAAUCGGCUAGACGGUACCGAGAAUAAAUCAAAAUUAGGAGCGAAUGCGAUCCUCGGUGUUUCCAUCGCUUGCUGCAAGGCUGGCGCUGCCAAGAAAGGGCUUCCAGUUUACAGAUACAUUGCUGAGAUGGCUGAAAAUUCCGAACUUUACCUUCCUGUCCCUUGUUUCAAUAUGAUCAGCGGAGGUAGACACGCUAACAACGUUAUACCGUGCCAAGAGUUUUUGAUCCUACCUAUAGGAGCGGAAAGUUUCGCAGACGCGAUGAAGAUGGGCACAGAGGUGUACAGAGUGCUUGAAAGAAAAAUUGCAACUGCCCAGGAGAUACAGUUACCUCUUCCAGUUAGCGACGAUGGUGCAUUUACCCCUUUGGAGCUAGAAGAAGAUAAAGAAGCUUUGUUGUUGUUGGACGAAUCCAUCAGAGAAGCAGGAUACGAUGGAAGAAUUAAGAUAGCACUAGACAUGGCAGCCAGUGCCUUUUACAAAGAAGGAGGAUACGAUUUGCAGUUUAAAACAGAAGAAUCCGAUCCUGACGAUUAUAUGGAAGCAGAAGCGCUCCGGGAUCAGUAUUUGGAAUAUAUAUCGGAGUAUCCAAACAUCGUAUCCAUUGAAGAUCCAUUCGAUCAAGAUGACUGGGAGGGAUGGCUCUCGAUGGCCGAUCAAGAAGAAGUCCAAAUUGUCUCUGAUGAUCUGACAGCGAUGAACAUCGACAGAAUCGAGGAAGCGAUCGAGAGGAGUUCGGCCAAUGCUAUCGUCCUGAGAAUGUUACAAAUUGGGACCGUGACAGAGACGAUUAACUGUGCAAGAUUGGCGCGAAUCAGUAACUGGGGAUACGUGGUGUCGGCCUGUCAGGGUGAAACGGAGGACAAUUUCGUAGCUGAUUUAGCUGUAGGUUUAUCCGCUGGUCAAUUCAAAUCUGGAGCUCCCUGUAGAAGCGAAAGAAUCGCUAAGUACAAUCAACUGCUAAGAAUCGAGGAAGAACUUGGAAAAGAUGCGAAAUACGCUGGUCAAAAUUUCAGAAAUCCUUUGGCCAAAUGAUUUAACUUACCAUCACCGGUACAAUAGAAUCCAUGAAAUCUAUCGAAGUAUGUAUUCUGGAAGCGUUGAUGGUUUCCAUAAAGUGUUCUCAUCAUUCCUGGCCAAGGUUGACGGAAAACGAGGAAUCCUUCUCCUUCGCCCUCGAUCAAUCUUCCAUCCUCGUCUAACAAUUCUGGUAAAACGCCAAAGAAUGGGAACGUCUGGCAAAAUAGGAAUGAUUUAACCGAAUAAUUCUUGGAAGUUUAUAAGACGAGGAAGAUUGUUACUUACUGCAGAGCCUGGUUUCAUUGGCGUAGCACCAGGCAGGGGUGUGAUCACGUGACCACCGGUUUCCGUUUGCCAGAAUGUGUCCGAUAUGCUGCAUUUUCCGUGGCCAACAAGAUUGUAGAACCAGAGCCAAGCUUCGGAAUUGAUCGGCUCUCCAACUGAACCUAACACCUAUAACAACACAUUCAUUCUUUAACACGUUAACUACCGACUACGAGAAAUCUCGUACCUGGCAUUCUUGCUCAUUAAAUAUUCAUUUAAUUGUGAAUAUUAACUACGAGAAUCCUGUUACGGCACACGAAUUCGGGAAAAGAGAAGGUAACGGGAUUCUUGUACUUAAUAUUCACCAUUAAAUGAAUAUUAGUUUCAUUUAAAUUUCAUUUACCUUCAAGGUAGACAAAUCGUGUUUCUUUACUAAUUCAUCUCCGAACUUCAUCAACGAUCUAAUCGCGGUUGGUGCAGUAUAGAAUUGAGAAACUUUGUAUUUAUCAACGACCACCCAAUAUCGGUCGUUGCUCGGAUAAAACGGUGUACCUUCAAACUGUGAAAUAAAAAUAAAUCAACAUUGUACCACUGA